AUGGAGCCAAAACAAGCACGAGAAGUAAAGGACAUAAUCACGCGUCCGCCCGCGCAUCAGAAAUACGAGACCAUUAAGAGGGCCUUGAUACAACGACUCGCAGUAUCACACGAACAACGCAUCCGGCAACUCUUAGAACACGAAGAGUUAGGUGACAGGAAACCAUCGCAAUUCCUACGUCAUCUAAGCACGCUCGCCGGAACGACGGUACCCGACGACCUUCUACGCACCCUCUGGUUGGGACGACUUCCAACACAAAUGCAAGCCAUCCUAGCUACGCGCACCCAGGAUAAGCUGGAGGACGUGGCGGAACAGGCCGACCGCAUAUACGAAGUCGGAAGCAGGUCGCUAGUAUUGACAACUACCGCGCCACAGCAGGCCACCGCACCCGCGUGGGAAACGCAGAUAGAGGCCCUACGCCAACAAGUCGCGGCCUUUACCACCAAUCUGGCACGAAGCAUGCCCAAAGAAAAGACCCGGAACCGCUCCAGAGGGCGACCGAGGGAGCGAUCGAGGAGCAGGACAAGGGAGAGAACCCCUCGGCAAGAGGGAGUAUGCUUUUACCAUCGGCGCUUCGGCAGCAAAGCCGAAAAAUGUACAAAGCCCUGUGCCUACAAACCGGAAAACGACGGGGGCAAUCGUUGA